CGGGCCGGGCCUGGCGAGGCUGCACCGGCCCCGCUCCGCCGGCCCCGCUUCCCGGCCCCGCUCCGGCCUCUCCACCGGCCCUCCCGGCCCCUCCGCGCCUCUCCGCGCCGCCCCGCUCCUCCCCGCUCCGCCGAGCAGCAGCCGCCGGUGCCCGGGAUGAGCCGCCCGCGCCGGCCGCAGGGCCGCGCUCGCCGAGCGGAGCCUCGCGGGAUGGGAUCGCUCCAGCUCUGAGCAGCUGCGCAGCCCCUGCUCCACCAUGGGCGACUCGGCGGCCGGGAGGAGCCCCCCGGAGCCGGGCGGUUCCUCCCUGGGCGUCAUCACGGAGGGCGUGGGCGAGCUGGCCCUCAUCGACGCCGAGGUGGCCCAGCGGGCGUGCGAGGAGGUGCUGCAGAAGGUGCAGCGGCUGCACGGCUCCCAGCCCGUGCCCAACGGGCAGAGCUGCCCCGUGCGCUGCCUGGACGAGGCGCCGCGCAUCCAGGAGGAGGAGGAGGAGGGCUCGGCCGCGGCCCGGACGGCGCGGAAGCGCCACCAGCACCAGGCCAAGCAGUCGUGGCUGCUGCGCCUCUUCGAGUCCAAGCUCUUCGACAUCUCCAUGGCCAUCUCCUACCUGUACAACUCCAAGGAGCCCGGCGUGCAGGCCUACAUCGGCAACCGCCUCUUCUGCUUCCGCCACGAGGAGGUGGACUUCUACCUGCCCCAGCUGCUCAACAUGUACAUCCACAUGGACGAGGACGUGGGCGACGCCAUCAAGCCCUACAUCGUGCACCGCUGCCGCCAGAGCAUCGACUUCUCGCUGCAGUGCGCGCUGCUGCUGGGCGCCUACUCCUCGGACAUGCACAUCUCCACGCAGCGCCACUCGCGCGGCACCAAGCUCCGCAGGCUCAUCCUCUCCGACGAGCUGAAGCCGGCGGGCAGGAGGAGGGAGCCGGGCGCCGCCCUGCCCGGCGCCGACACCGGGCUCUCCCCCUCCAAACGGACUCACCAGAGGUCCAAGUCGGACGCCACGGUGUCCAUCAGCCUCAGCAGCAACCUGAAGCGCACGGCCAGCAACCCCAAGGUGGAGAGCGAGGAGGAGGAAUUCUCCUCGAGUACGGAAAGCCUGGAUAAAUCCCUGGCUCCCCCGGCCCGGCUGGCUCCGGAGCGGGAGUUCAUCAAGUCUCUGAUGGCCAUCGGGAAGCGCCUGGCCACGCUGCCCACCAAGGAGCAGAAGACGCAGCGCCUGAUCUCGGAGCUGUCCCUGCUCAACCACAAACUGCCCGCGCGCGCCUGGCUGCCCACGGCCGCCUUCGAGCACCACGUGGUGCGCGUGCCGCACUCCCAGGCCGUGGUGCUCAACUCCAAGGACAAGGCUCCCUACCUGAUCUACGUGGAGGUCCUGGAGUGCGACAACUUCGACACGGCCAGCGUCCCCGCGCGCAUCCCCGAGAACCGCAUCCGCAGCACGCGCUCGGCCGAGAACCUGCCCGAGUGCGGCAUGGGCCCCGAGCACCGCGCCGGCAGCUUCAGCACCGUCCCCAACUACGACAACGACGACGAGGCCUGGUCCGUGGACGACAUCGGCGAGCUCCAGGUGGAGCUCCCGGAGAUGCACACCAACAGCUGUGACAACAUCUCCCAGUUUUCCGUGGAUUCCAUCACCAGCCAGGAGAGCCGGGAGCCCGUGUUCAUCGCCGCCGGGGACAUCCGGCGCCGUCUGUCGGAGCAGCUCGCGCACACGCCCACCGCCUUCCGCAGGGACCCCGAGGACCCCUCGGCCGUGGCCCUCAAGGAGCCCUGGCAGGAGAAAGUCAGGAGGAUCCGGGAGGCCUCUCCCUACGGCCACCUCCCCUCCUGGCGCCUCCUCUCCGUCAUCGUCAAGUGCGGCGACGACCUCAGGCAGGAGCUGCUGGCGUUCCAGGUGCUCAAACAGCUCCAGUGGAUCUGGGAGCAGGAGCGGGUCCCGCUCUGGAUCCGGCCCUACAAGAUCCUGGUGAUCUCGGCCGACAGCGGGAUGAUCGAGCCCGUGCUCAGCGCCGUGUCCCUGCACCAGAUCAAGAAGCAGUCGCAGCUGUCGCUGCUGCAGUACCUGCGGCAGGAGCACGGCCCCAGCAACAGCGAGAGCUUCCUCACGGCCCAGAGGAACUUUGUGAGGAGCUGUGCCGGGUACAGCCUGGUCUGCUACCUGCUGCAGGUCAAAGAUAGGCACAACGGGAACAUCCUGCUGGACGCCGAGGGCCACAUCAUCCACAUCGACUUCGGGUUCAUCCUGAGCAGCUCCCCCCGCAACCUCGGCUUCGAGACCUCGGCCUUCAAACUCACCUCCGAGUUCGUGGAUGUGAUGGGCGGCCUGGACGGGGACAUGUUCAACUACUACAAGAUGCUGAUGCUGCAGGGGCUGAUCGCCGCCCGCAAGCACAUGGACAAGGUGGUGCAGAUCGUGGAGAUCAUGCAGCAAGGCUCGCAGCUGCCCUGCUUCCACGGCUCCUCCACCAUCCGGCACCUCAAGGAGCGUUUCCACAUGAACCUGACGGAGGAGCAGCUGCAGCUGCUGGUGGAGCAGAUGGUGGACGGCUCCAUGCGGUCGAUCACCACCAAGCUCUACGACGGCUUCCAGUACCUCACCAACGGCAUCAUGUGAAAUUCCGCUCGCCCCAGGCCGGGGGGAAGAAAAACAGCAACAAAAACAA